GAUCUGAGAAAAAUGAAGUUACAGCAUUGGAUGAAGCUACAGAAUUAGAUAAAGCUACAGAAUUGGAUGAAGUUACAGAAUCAGAUGAAGAUAUAGAAAUGGAUGAUAUAUAUGAAGGUUUAGAAGAUGAGGAAAAUGAAUAUUAUGCUGAUGAGAAUGAAUAUAUUAACUAUUUAGUAGAAUCUCAAGAAAUCAAUAUUGUCAAUAAUAAUCUUGAAAAUAUGAGGUUAAGUGAAGAUAAUGAAGGGAAUA